UCCAAGAACCACCGAAAUGCUCCCCUGGAGCCUCAAGGCUGCCAGCCAGCCACUUGGCGCUGACCCCGCUGGCCCGGCGCGCCACUGUCACUGGGCUCAAGGCCUGGGUGGAGAAUGGGGAGGGCCAGUCCCCCCCCUCCCCUGCCCGCCCCCGCGCCUCCUCUGACUUGGCCCAGCCCCCACCCCGUCUCCCCUCCCCCCCGGCCGCUCCGCCCCGGCGGGAGGCCCGUCCCGCCCUGGAUCCCGGCUCCCCAAGCCCAGAGGCGCCCUCGCCUACAUCCCGCCUGGCUCAGCUCCUCUGUCAGGCAUGACCUGAAAGCCGUCCCGUCGAGUCUUCCGCCCCCAGGACACCCGGUCCCCCGCCUUCGGCCCUGUGUGCGCUCGGCAGGCAGCGCCUGGUGGGGAUUCCUGCGCCGCCCCCCGCCCCCCGCCCCUUGUGCGCUGUCCCUGUCACCCUCCAUGGGUCCUUCCGCUGGCCCCUGCAGGUCCCCCUCCCUCCUGGCACCCCAAGCCUUGCUCCGCAGGCGCCUCCUCCUCCCUCUUCCUCAGCCCGGUGCUCACUUGCCACGUUCCCUCCCGUCGCAUCCCUCCCCUCUCGCGGGGUCCCUGUCAGCCAGCGCCUGCAGGGGACGUGUCCCGAGCUGGCCAGGAUGGAGGUCCCACUGCCGGGUCUCAGCCGGUGUCCAGGGGGACUCCGUUUGGGAGAAAAGCUGCCAAGUCAGUCAACUCCCAGCGAGUUUGGGGAGCCGGCUGACCACUCCUGCCUAAGCCCGAGCCCCCGGUGUCCGUCCCUUCCCCGGCGUCCGGGGCCCUCCUCGCAACCCGCCCCCCACCGCCAAGUGACCCCGCCCAGUGGGCCCUGCCCAGGCCACCGCCACCGACCCACAGGCCCGGGUCCCCGCACCCCAGGCUGGAGGUGUCGGGGGUGCUCCCGACAGCAGGCGGCCAGCUGGUUCCUUUCGGGGCAGCCGCGCGCCCUCCCCCUCAGGGCUGUAACCCGAGCCGCCGCCGCCGCCGCCGCCGCCGCGCUGCCCCGCCGCCUGAGCCCCGACAGCGAGUCCGCAGGCGCCAUGGGCCGCGGGGCCUGCGUCCCCGCAGCGGCGUCGGGGGCCCGCGACCGGGCCCGCCUGCUCGGAGCCGUGCUGGGCGCGCUUUGCCUCCUCCCCACGCUCGUGCUGCUGGCCCGGCCGGGGGCCCUGGGGAACCGGCCGGUGGCGAGCGCAGCGCAGGGAGACGCUGUGCCCCCGACCGCGGGUGUGCUCGCCACCCCAAGCCUUGGCCCGCCGCACCCCCAGGCGCCCCGCAGACGCCGCUACACGCUGACCCCGACCCGGCUGCGCUGGGACCACUUCAACCUCACAUACAGGAUCCUCUCUUUCCCGAGGAACCUGCUCAGCCCCAGCGAGACCCGGCGGGGCCUGGCCGCCGCCUUCCGCAUGUGGAGUGACGUGUCCCCCUUCAGCUUCCGCGAGGUGGCCCCUGAGCAGCCCAGCGACCUCCGCAUAGGCUUCUACCCGGUCAACCACACGGACUGCCUGGUCUCCCCGACGCACCACUGCUUCGACGGCCCCACGGGCGAGCUGGCCCACGCCUUCUUCCCCCCGCACGGCGGCAUCCACUUUGACGACAGCGAGUACUGGGUCCUGGGCCCCACACGCUACAGCUGGAAGAAAGGCGUGUGGCUCACCGACCUGGUGCACGUGGCGGCCCACGAGAUCGGCCACGCGCUGGGCCUGAUGCACUCCCAGCACGGCCGGGCGCUCAUGCACCUCAACGCCACGCUGCGUGGCUGGAAGGCGCUGUCGCAGGACGAGAUGUGGGGGCUGCACCGGCUCUACGGCUGUCUGGACCGGCUGUUCGUGUGCGCGUCCUGGGCGCGGAGGGGUUUCUGCGACGCCCGCCAGAGGCUCAUGAAGAGGCUGUGUCCCAGCAGCUGCGACUUCUGCUACGAGUUCCCCUUCCCCACGGUGGCUGCCACCGUGCCGCCCCCCAGGACCAAAACCCGGCUGGUGCCCGAGGGCAGGAAUGUGACCUUCCGCUGCGGCCAGAAGAUCCUCCACAAGAAAGGCAAAGUGUACUGGUACAAGGACCAGGAGCCCCUGGAGUUCUCCUACCCCGGCUACCUGGCGCUGGGCAGCGCGCACUUGAGCAUCAUCGCCAACGCCAUCAACGAGGGCACCUACACGUGCGUGGUGCGCCGGCGGCAGCACGUGCUCAGCACCUACUCCUGGCGCGUCCGCCUGCGGAGCUGAGCGCCGCCCGCAGGGCUGAGGAUGCUGAUAAAGCACUUUCUCUCUCAA